AAACGGAAAUGGAUUUAGAUUCCUUGGAUAUGCUGAACCCAAAAUCAAAACCUUUCUCAUCUGAAUCAUGGUUCCUUAAACAGUUACAUCGCCCUCAACCAGUGGAAUUAGAGCUUGCUCAACAUCUUUUCUCCCCUGAACAUCCAUCCCUGUCCUCCGCUGAACCUACUCCAUCUCUCUCCUCUAUCCCUAAACCUGCUCCAUCCCUCUCCUUCACCCUCGAACCUGCUCCAUAUCCCUCCUCCAUCCCUAAGCCUGCUCCAUCUCUCUCCUCCAUCUCUAAACCUGCUCCAUCCCUCCCCGUCACCCCUGAAUCUGCUCCAUCUCUCUCCUCCAUUCCUAAACCUGCUCCAUUUCUCUCCUCCAUCUCUAAACCUGUUCCAUCCCUCUCCUUCACCCCAGAACCUGAUCCAUCUCUCUCCUUGACACCUAAACCUGCUCCCUCUCUCUCCUCUAUUCCUGAACCUGCUCCAUCCCUCUCCUCCUGCCCUGAACCUGCUCCAUACCUCUCCUUCACCCAUAAACAUGAUUCAUCUAUCUCCUCCUGCCCUGAACCUGCUCUAUCCCUCUCCUCCUGCCCUGAACAGGCUACAUUCCUCUCCUUCACCCCUAAACCUGAUUCAUCUCUCUCCUCCUGCCCUGAACCUGCUCCAUCCCUCUCCUCCUGCCCUGAACAGGCUACAUUCCUCUCCUUCACCCCUAAACCUGAUUCAUCUCUCUCCUCCACCCCUGUACCUGUUCCACAUCUCUCCUCCGUCGCUAAUCGAUCUCAAUUACUUCCCUCAAAACCUAUCUUGUCCUCCAUCUUCAACUUCUAUCCUAUUGUUUCCUCCAACUCUACCAAUCCUGCCCCAAGUACACCUGCCACUGUUCCUAGGGAUUCAACCCAGUAUCCCAUCCUUUCUCCGGUAUAUAUCAACUCCUCUGCAAUCUCUGGGUCCCCCUUCUUCUCCACCAGCUCAUCUAUCCCUGCUAAUCCUAGUCCUAACUCCAUAUCUGGAGAACCUCGGUUUCAAGAUGAAUAUUGCUGGAAAGGAACACAGUCUCUUUUCGUUAGUUCCAAUAUCAGGUUUCUAGAUGAAAACAGUGCAGAAGAUUGCUCAGAAUCUGUGAUAUCUGAUUGGGAGUCAAGGAAAGAACAGAAAAGAUCAGCGGAAAGAAAUCUUGUUAUGUUAGGCGAUGACGUAACAAUAUUUAAACGUGCCAAACAUCAUUAAAAUAUUUCUCCAUUUUGUUUUCUUUUCAAUGAAUUGAUUUAUUUUAAAGGGACUGUAUAUAUGAUUUUCAAGUAUUUCUUCAUUUGAGAGAUAUUUCCGAUUCACAUUGAUACCCGUUAAACCUCUAAGGGAGUAGCAAUAAGGAGGAAAUUGACUUACAAUAUGUUCUUCAUUGUCUCUGUAGCAAAAAUCCGAAGUAUCGUUGUGAAUCGAAGAA